AUGGAACUUCAACAUUUUAGCCAUAAUCAUCCUCUGGUUUUCAAUGAAGAGCGAAACCUUGAAAGUGAUCAGAAAGUUUAUUGCUCUGGGUGUGAGGAGGAGAUUUCGGGUCCAAUGUUUAGCUGUGUGACAUGCGGGUUUCAUCUUGACAAGAACUGCGCCAUGGCACCUUCCGAGAUAAAUCACCACUUUCAUCGCAACCACAGCCUUCAUCUUUUAUCAAGCUUGCCAUAUGGUGCAGGUACGUGUGUUUGCAAUUUCUGUGACAAAGAUUGCAAGAAGUUUGUUUAUCAUUGUUCUUGUGAUUUAGACCUUCACAUCGGAUGUGCUUUGUUUUUGUAUGACAUUGCUGAAAGAAAAAUUGGAGAUCAGCUUCAAUGGAUUGAAAACAAAGACCCAUCCAUCUCCACUGAGAAUCAUACUGAAAAGCUCAUAAAAGCUAAGUGCUUUGCUUGUUGGAAGCCUUUAUUAGAUUCUGCAUACCUUUCUCUUGAUUCUGGAUUUUGCCUACAUAAAAAAUGUGCUGAGCUACCUCUUGAAACCAAUUAUCCUCGCCACCGCCAACAUUCUCUUUUUUUACAAUUUAAUAGUCAUCUUGUCCCUUGCAAAACAUGCAAAGUAAUCCAAUCCGGGGGAUUGGUUUAUUGCUGUUCAAUUUGCAAUUUUGUCCUUCACAUUGAAUGUGUCUCACAACCACCUAUCAUUGAAGAUACAAGUAGUCAUGAACACCCAUUCACCAGGUUGUUGUUAAGACAAUCCUCAUUCACUUGUGAUGCAUGCGGCGCUUCAGGAAAUUAUGUUUCUUAUAUUUGCUUAACAUGCAGCCUAAUAGUCCAUAAGAAGUGCACUUCAUUGCCACGCAUCAUCAAAAGCAUAUGGCAUCACCAUCCUGUUUUCCACAAAUACUCCGUUGUAGACAAUGAAUGUGGAGCACUGGCAUGUGUGAUUUGUCAUGAGAUCAAUAAAGAGUGUGGCAGUUACUAUUGUUCUGACUGCAAGUUUAUUCUCCAUGUGAAUUGUGCAUUACAAGAUCCUUGGUGGUAUUACAAAAUUGAGUCAAGAGAUGCUUUCGAGAAGCUUAAUCAAAAUGGAGCUGAUAAUGUGGAUCCCAGCUUUUCUGUUAUUAAAGAGAUCAGACAUGGAGAAAAUGUGAUGAAUACAGAGAUGAAACAUUUCAGCCACGAGCACAAUUUAAUACUGCAUGAUGAAGUAAAGGAUCAUAAGUGUUGUGACGGUUGCAGUCAACUGAUCGAGACUUCUUUUUAUGGUUGUUUACAAUGUGAUUUCUUUCUCCACAACUCAUGUGCUGAGUUACCUAGGAAGAAGCAAAUUUGGAUUCAAGUACACCAACAUUCCUUUAACCUUAUUGCAGAUUGUGUUUACAUGUGUGGAUUUUGUAAUUUCGUGUGCAGUGGUUUCUCCUACAAAUGCAAAAUUUGCGACGAUCGUAUCUGCGUUCGAUGUGCUGGACUUUCUCCGGCCUGCACAAGUCAAGGACACAAUCACCCUCUUCUUUUUUACCUCAAGUAUAGUGGGCAGUACUGUAAUGCUUGUGGUGAUAGUAUUGAUAACAAUGUAACAUACAGAUGCAAGGAUUGCGAUUUUAAUGUGCAUUACAGAUGUAUUCUCCUUCCACAAACAGCUUGUCACAAAUGUGAUGAACAUAUUCUCACUCUCACAUGCAAUGAAGAUAAUGAUUAUUCAGAAUAUCAUUACUGUGAUAUUUGUGAAGAAGAAAGAAGCCCCAACAAUUGGUUUUAUUAUUGUGCAGUUUGUGACAAUAAAGCUCAUCCCAAAUGUGUUCUUGGAGAUCACCCAUAUGUCAAGCGUGGGACCAACGUCUUCAUAGAAAGUGAGCAUCCACACUCUCUCGUGUUCGUGCAAAAGGUUUAUCCUUAUCCUGAAUGCUGUAAAUGUGGUCAGCCCUGCUUAGAUCUGGCUCUUGAGUGUGGAGAAACAAGAUGCACCUAUAUUGUCCAUUUCACAUGUGUAGAACAAUAUUCAUACUUUGGUCGAAAGGCAAACCAAAUACGGUUCUAG